AUGUCCCGGCUGCGCCUCUGGGCUCCAGGGCUCCUCCUCACGUGGCAACCGUUGUGGCUGCUGUUCCAGGCGGCUCCGGAGUUGGCCCUGGACCCAGUCCAGCUGGCCUCCGACCCCCCAGGGAUUAUCGAGCCCUGGUCUUCGCACUCCUCCGAUCGCCCACCUGAAUCUCCACAAGCGCUCACCCCCCCUGCGGAGCCAGGGGGUUUUAAUUACCCGGAAUCCUCCUCUCCAGCCCAGAUGUUGGCGCCGCCUCAGGAGUUGACUGGGACUCUGGUCACAGAUUCAGUUGGAGAGCUGUCGCCAGGACCAGAUCAGUUUGUGGUUUCACAUCAGGAGGAUUAUCUAGAUACUAGCAUGGAUAUCCUUUAUCCCGAGGACAACCAACCUACAGACUUAACAGGAGACCCAGAACCACGUCCCGAGCCUCAGGAGGGUGAACUUCUAUCCCACGAAGAAGCCCCUGCACAAACUCCUGAGGACGAGGAAUCUUUUUCACCCCAAGCUCAGCAUCCAGAGUCCUCUGAAGAGGUAGAACCACUUCAGCAGGAGUCAACACCUCCAGAAGUUGCUAAGCUAUUUGAAAAUUCUGCAACCACACAGCGUGCCCCAGCUGCAUCUUCAGAGUCUUCUGAGGAAUCAGAACUAUCUGUAGGUGAAGAGGAAGCCCCAGAUGAACCUUCAGAUUCCCCUGAAGAGGAUGAACUUCCAUCAGACCAGGAGGAAACUUUAGCUCAGCCUACUGAGGAACCUGAGGAAGUGGAUUCUUCUCCAUCUACUCAGGAAGCCACAACUCAUCCUCUAGAGCCAUCUACAGAGUUUGCAGCCCAGCCACAACUGCAUCGUGAGAAAAAUGUUCCAUCUGCAAGUCAGAAUGAAGCUCAACGCUCACACUUGCACAAUGUCACCACUAAACCUGUGGUGGUUGUUAUUACCACAACUCCAGAGGUCAUUAAUGAGGUUGAAUCAACCCAGCAGGAGGCACAGCUUCAGCCUCCAGAAAGUCCUGAGGAGGUUGAAACUUACCCAGUUCAGCAGGAAGCCCCAGCCGAGCAGGAAGCUCCAGCUCAGACUGGAGAGGGCUCUGAAGAGGAAGAACCUCCUCCAAGCCUUCAGGAAGCUCCAGGAGAGCUUUCAGAAUCAUCUACAGAGGGAGGAGCUCAACCAUCAGCACCUGAUGAGGAAAAUGUUCCAUCUCCAAGUGAAAAUGAAUCUCAGCCCUCAGACAUGCCCACUGUCACUGCUAAGCCUGUGGUUGUGACUGUUACCUUAACUCCAGAGGUCACUAGUGAGGUUGCACCAACCCAGCAGGAGGCACAGGCUCAGCCUCCAGAAAACCCUGAGGAGGUAGAACCUGCUUCUGUCCCGGAGGAAGCUCAAACUCAGGCUGUAGAAGCUCCUGAGGAGGAAGAACCUCCUCCAAGCCCUCAGGAAGCUCCAGGAGAGCCUUCAGAAUCAUCUACAGAGGGUGGAGCUCAACCAUCAGCACCUGAUGAGGAAAAUGUUCCAUCUCCAAGUGAAAAUGAACCUCAACCCUCAGACAUGCCCACUGUCACCGCUAAGCCUGUGUUUCUGACUAUUAUGAUAACUCCAGAGAUCACUAGUGAGGUUGCACCAACCCAGCAGGAGGAACAGGCUCAGCCUCCGGAGAACCCUGAGGAGAUGGAACCUACCCCGGUCCAGGAGGAAGCUCCAGCUCAGGCUGUAGAGGCUCCCGAGGAGGAAGAACCUCCUCCAAACCCUCAGGAGGCCUUGGCACAGCCUUCAGAAUCAUCUACAGAGGUUGGAGCUCAACCAUCAGCACCAAAUGAGGAAAAUGUUCCAUCUCAAACGCAGAAUGAAGUUCAACCCUCACAUUUGCCCAGUAACACCGUUAAGCCCGUGGUUGUAACUGUUACUGUAAGACCAGAGAUCACUAGUGAGGUUGCACCAACCCAGCAGGAGGAACAGGCUCAGCCUCCAGAGAACCCUGAGGAGGUGGAACCUGCCCCAGUCCAGGAGGAAGCUCCAGCUCAGCCUGUAGAGGCUCCCGAGGAGGAAGAACCUCCUCCAAACCCUCAGGAGACCCUGGCACAGCCUCCAGAAUCAUCUACAGAGGUUGGAGCUCAAACAUCAGCACCAAAUGAGGAAAAUGUUCCAUCUCCAAGUGAAAAUGAACCUCAGCCUUCAAACUUGCCCACUGUCACCGCUAAGCCUGUGGUUGUGACUGUUACCAUAAAUCCAGAGAUCACUAGUGAGGUAGCACCAACCCAGCAGGAGGCACAGGCCCAGCCUUCAGAAAGCCCUGAGAAGGUGGAACCUGCCCCGGUCCAGGAGGAAGCUCCAGCUCAGCCUGUAGAGGCCCCUGAGGAGGAAGAACCUCCUCUAAACCCUCAGGAGGCCUUGGCACAGCCUUCAGAAUCAUCUGUAGAGGUUGGAGCUCAACCAUCAGCACCUGAUGAGGGAAAUGUUCCAUCUCCAAGUGAAAAUGAACCUCAGUCCUCAGACAUGCCCACUGUCACCACUAAGCCUGUGGUUGUGACUGUUACCAUAACUCCUGCCCAGCAGGAGGCACUGGCUCAGCCUCCAGAGAACCCUGAGGAGGUGGAACCUGCCCCAGUCCAGAAGGAAGCUCCAGCUCAGCCUGUAGAAGCUCCCGAGGAGGAAGAACCUCCUCCAAACCCUCAGGAGACCCUGGCACAGCCUUCAGAAUCAUCUGUAGAGGUUGGAGCUCAACCAUCAGCACCAAAUGAGGAAAAUGUUCCAACUCCAAGUGAAAAUGCACCUCAGCCCUCAAACUUGCCCACUGUCACCACUAAGCCUGUGUUUCUGACUGUUACCAUAACUCCUGAGAUCACUAGUGAGGUUGUACAAACCCAGCAGGAGGCACCGGCUCAGCCUCCAGAGAACCCUGAGGAGGUGGAACCUACCCCGGUCCAGGAGGAAGCUCCAGCUCAGCCUGUAGAGGCUCCUGAGGAGGAAGAACCUCCUCCAAACCCUCAGGAGGCCUUGGCACAGCCUCCAGAAUCAUCUACAGAGGGAGGAGCUCAAACAUCAGCACCUGAUGAGGGAAAUGUUCCAUCUUCAAGUGAAAAUGAACCUCAGCCCUCAAAUUUGCCCACUGUCACCACUAAGCCUGUGGUUGUGACUGUUACCAUAACUCCAGAGAUCACUAGUGAGGUUGCACCAACCCAGCAGGAGGCACAGGCUCAACCUCCAGAGAGCCCUGAGAAGGUGGAACCUGCCCCGGUCCAGGAGGAAGCUCCAGCUCAGGCUGUAGAGGCUCCUGAGGGAGUAGAACCCACUCCAAACUCUCAGGAGGCCCUGGCACAGCCUCCAGAAUCAUCUGUAGAGGUUGGAGCUCAACCAUCAGCACCUGAUGAGGGAAAUGUUCCAUCUUCAAGUGAAAAUGCACCUCAGCCCUCAAACUUGCCCACUGUCACCGCUAAGCCUGUGGUUGUGACUGUUACCAUAACUCCAGAGGUCACUAAUUAUGUUGAAACUUCUCCAGCCUAUCAAGAGGCGCCAGCUCCACCUGCACAACCCUCUGAAGAGGUGGAACCUGCAGUCUAUCAGAAGGUUCCAACUGAGAUUCCACAGUAUCCUAAUGAAUUAACUCAAGUGCCAGCAAGUAAUGAAGGAUUAACUCAACAUAUAAGUCGGCAUCAAACUCAUUCAAACUUGCCCAGUGUUACAGUUAGCAUAGCUUCUGAGCCUAGUAUAGAUAUUGAAUCUUCUGCAGCCCAGCAGGAGGUCCCACUUCAGCCUCUUGAGCGCCUUGAGGAGACAGAACCUUCUCUAACCCAGCCGGAUGCCUCAACUAAGCCUCCAGAAUCUCCAGAGGUUAAGCCUUUUAGUGAGGAGGAGCAACCAGAUCAAAUUUAUGAGCCUUCUGGAGAAGCUAAACCUUCUCCAACCCAGCAGAAGAAGCUAGCUAAACCUCCAGAGCAUCAUGAGGUAGCUUCACCAGGUCACCAUCAUGGUCAGCAUUCAAACUUAACCAAGGCCACUGUCAAACCUGCAGAAGUUAAGGUUACCAUAACAGUAGGAACUUCUACAGAGGUGGGACCUUCUCCAAUUCAGAAUGAGGCUCAACCUAUGGAAACUUCACCCCAACAAGAGGUCCCAGCCCAGCUCCCACAGACCUCUGAGAAGGCUGAACCUUCUCCAACCCAACAGGAGACACCAGUUCAGACAUCAGAAACAUCAGAACACUCUAAUGAAGAAGUUGGAGUUCAUGCUCCAGAGCACGUGGAGGAAGUUUCUACAGGUCAAGAUAAAGCUCAGCUUCCAACAUUGCCUGAUGUCACCAUCAAGCCUCUGUCUUUGGUACUUACAGUAACUCCAGAUUUCACUGAUGAGGUUGAAGAGUUCCCCCAACAAGAGAUCCCAAAUAUGCUUGACAUGUCUUCUGAACAGCUGAAAACUUUGUCAGUCCAACAAGAAGUUCCAGGUCCUCAUCCAGUCCUCUCUGAAACAGUUGAACAUUCUCCACACCAACAGGAGGACGCAGCUCUGCCUGAAGUGGGUGUAGGGUUUUCUCCAGUUCAGCAGGAGGACCCAACUCAACAGUCAGAGCCCAGUGAGGGAACCAGACCGCCAGAUCACCAAGGCCCACCUGUUACAGAGCCCCUUAUGAAUGUUAUAGCUCAACCUGGAAGUGAAGCUCAGCAUCCAGUGUUUCCUAAAUCCACAGCCAAACCCAUGGUUCUGACAGUCACCAUAACUCCAAAGCCUACUAAGGAAGCUAACAAUUCUCCAUUGCAUCAGGAUGACCCUGCUAAACCUCCAGCUCCCCCUGAACAGUCUCAACCCCUUUCCCAACUUCCAGAGUCCCCUGAAAAGGUUGAGUCUUCUCCAGACCAACAAGAGGCUAUAGCUCAGACUCCAGAUCCCCCUGAGAACACAGGAGGUUUUUCUGUCCAACAGGAGCCCCUAGAUGAGCCACCAGAACCCCCUACAAAGACUGAACCAUCUGCAGCUGAACAGGAAAUGUUAGCUCAUCCUCCAAAGCCCACUGAAGUGGUCAAACUUCCAACCCAGCAAGAGACUCCAUCUCAAUCUCCAGUUACUCAGGUGGAUCCAACUAUAUCUUCUGAGUCCCCUGAUAAAUCAGGCUCGCUAUCCCAGCAAGAAACCCCAUAUCAGCUUCCAGAGCCCCCCAAGAAAGUAGAAUCUUCUCUAACUCAACUGCAGGGCUUAUCUCAGCCUCCAGAACUCCCUGAGAAGGUUGAAACAUCUUUAGUUCAGGAGGAAGCUGCAGCUCAACCUGAGCCACAUGAGACAGAAUUCUCUCUAGCCCCCAAGGAGUACCCAAUACAGCUUCCAGAGACCCCUGAAAAGGUGGAAUCCUCUCCAGAUCUGCAAGUUUCUCCUACUCUCUCUUCAGUGCCCAAUACAGAGAUGGAACCUCCAAACCAACAGGAGUUUCCAACUUCUCUGGAGCCCGCUAAUGAGGUAGAAACUCCUCCAGCCCAGCAGACCCCAGUUCAACCUUCAGUCCUUGAUGACAUUGCAAUUCCACCUUCAGGACAGGGUCAAACUCAGCAUUCAAACUUUCCCAGUGUCACAGUUAAACCUCUUAGCCUAGAGCUUAGCAUAACCCUAGGAGCUAGUAUGGAGGAAGAACAUUCUACGAUCAUCCAGAAGAAUACUCCUGAAGUGCCACUUCCAUAUCCAGAGCAGGCUCAGGCUCAGCAUCAAACCUUGAGUGAAGUCACAUUACAUCCUUUGGACCUGGAACUGAACAUAACUUCAGAACCCAGUAAGGAGGCUGAAAUUUCUCCAGACACGCAGGAGACCACAACUCAACUUCCAGAUCCACUAUCUCCAUUCCAAAGUGAGGAAUCAAUUCCAGAACAGGAUCAAGGUCAGGAUCCAUUGCUCAACGUCACAAUUUCUCCUUUGAACAUGGGGCUUAACAUAACUCAAGAACAUCCUGUGGAGGCUGAACAUCCUACAACCUCACAGCAGACAACAACUUCUCCAGAGGACACUGAGGUGCCACUUCCACACGUGGAGCAGGUUCAGGCUCAGUAUCCAAUCUUGAGUGAAGUCACUGUUCAACCUGUGGGCCUGGAAUUUAGCAUAACUCCAGAAGCCAGUAAGAAAAUUGAACUUUCUCCACUUAUUCAGGAAACCCCAAAUCAACCUCCAGAGCCACUUAACGAUGUUAUUGUAGCUCAGUCUCCAGUACACCAGGAGGCAACAGUUCCAACACCAAAUCAGGAUCAAGUUCAGCAUUCGUUGUCAUCCAGUGUCACAGUUCAACCUUUGGACCUGGGGCUUACCUUAACUCCAGAACAUACUACAGAGGCUGAACAUUCCACAGUCCUGCAACAGACCACAGCUCCUCCACAAGAAGUUGAAGUGAUAGUUCCACAACCAGAGCAGGUUCAGAGUCAGCAUACAACAGUUCAACCUUCAAAUCUAGAAAGUACCAUGUCUGCUGAGUCCAGUGCAGAGGUUGAACCUUCUCCCAUCAUGCAGGAGACAUCAGCUCAGCCUCCAGAAUCUUCUAAAGAAGUGGUUGAGCAGUCAUUAAUUCAAGAGGUGACAUUUCACCCUCCAGAACCUUCUAAAGAAGUGGUUGAGCAGCCAUUAAUUCAGGAGGUGACAGUUCCUACUUCAGGACAGAAUGCCACUACACACAUCAAUAUAUGUGAACUCUGUACCUGCAAAGAUGAGACACUUUCAUGUGCUGGUCUCAGCCCAAAGCGGAGACUCCGCAGAGUGCCUGUGCCAGAGCCCAACACCUACAAUGGCACCUUCACCACCUUAAAUUUCCAAGGAAACUCUAUUUCUUACAUUGAUGAAAAUAUAUGGAACUCAUACCGUUGGGCUGAGAAACUGAUUAUCAGUGAAAAUCAUUUGACUGAAUUACACAAGGAUUCAUUUGAAGGCCUGCUAUCCCUCCAGUAUUUAGAUUUGUCCUGCAAUAAAAUACAGUCUAUUGAAAGGCGUACAUUUGAACCACUUCCUUUCUUGCAGUUUAUAAAUCUUGGUUGCAAUUUACUCACAGAACUGAGCUUUGGAACAUUUCAGGCCUGGCAUGGAAUGCAGUUUUUACAUAAGCUAAUUCUCAGUCGUAAUCCUCUGACAACUGUUGAAGAUUCGUUUCUUUUUAAAUUGCCAGCAUUGAAAUAUUUAGAUAUGGGAACAACACAAGUGUCACUUGGAACAAUUGAGAGCAUCCUCAUGAUGACCCUUGAGUUGGAAAAACUAAUUUUACCAAGUCGUCUGGCCUGCUGUCUCUGUCAAUUUAAAAAUACCAUUGAGGUGGUCUGCAAGACAGUCAAGCUGCACUGUGAUAGCGAAUGUCUGACAAACACCACACGUUGUGAUGAAGAAGCAUCCAUCGGGAAUUCCGAAGGCUCAUUCAUGAAGGUCUUACAAGCUCGGAAGAAGAACACCAGCACUGAGCUGACUAUUGAGCCAGAAAAGCCAUCCUCAGACAUAAAUGGCAUCAAUUUUUCAGGCUUCAUGAAUGAGCAGCUAGACUUUAAUGAUGAAAGUGAUGUUAUUAGUGCACUAAAUUACAUACUGCCUUAUUUCUCAGAGGGAAACCUAGAAGAUGUAGAAUCAACAUUAUUACCAUUCAUUAAACUUCUUUUUUCAAAUAAAAAGGCCAAGGCUAAAAAGAAAAGGCGGCUGAGAGUCAACAAGGUCCUUAAGAGGCUGAGGGGCCUACACAAGAGGCACUUCAAGGACGCAGGGGCUAAGGGCGGCAAGAGGAAACAGAAGUUUGUGGAGACCGUGGCCGCCAAAGGAAGGCGACUCAGAAGACCCGCCGCAAGGCAGCCGGAGCAGCUGCGCGCGCUGCGCAGGCCCAGGCUGUUGGCGGGAAACGCCUUUCCCACGGAGCCCUCGCGCGCAGAGGAGCGUGAGGCAGCAGUCGCUUCUUCCCUGAAACACUCCUUGGGGAGCUCUUCAGACUCCGCUCUUCCCCAGCCCUUACCCGAGACGAAAAAUAAGUCUAAAGACUUAAGCUACACUCUUUAUGUUCUCGAGAAUGCGGACGCUAGAGUCAGAAAUAUGAAGACCUCUAAACCAUCACGUCCCAGGAAAAAACACCGCUUUCAUAGACCUCGACCUCAAGUAGUCCACAGAACCCCCAAGACCAACGGGAAUCAAAAAUUCAGAAAGGAAACGUCGUCCAACAGGCCAAUGCUUGCAAACAGGCCUCCAUUUGCUGCAGUGAGGCGCCUCAUAAAUUCCCCCUCGCGGGAGGAUUUCUCCUCCUCAGGAGAACUGAAUUCUCAGGAAAAUCCUUUCGCAGACUUGUUUACUCUUCCAGAACCUCCCAUAGAAAACAGUACUGGGGAAAACAGUACUGAAGAAAAUAUUUUUGAAGAAAAUAUUUCUGCAGAAAACACUGCUAUGCCUAAAGAAAUUAGCCCUGAAAUCAAUGCCGAUAAGAAUUUUUCCUCUUCAGAUUCUGCUGUGACUGCAGAUAAUUUUAUGCCAACUGUUAAACAAACGAAUGAAACACAGUGGGAAUACCACGACGUGGGCACUGACUUACCUGGCAGGCCUACAAGUUCCACAUUUUUGCCGUUUUCCUCACCCGGUGAUCAGUUUGAAAUUCAACUAAACCAGCAGUUACGGUCCCUCAUCCCCAACAAUGACGUGAGAAGGCUCAUUGCUCAUGUUAUCCGGACUUUGAAAAUGGACUGUUCUGAGACCCAAGUGCAACUGGCCUGUGCCAAGCUCAUCUCCAGGACAGGUCUCCUGAUGAAGCUGCUGAGUGAGCAGCAAGAAGUAAAGGUGUCCAAGGCAGAAUGGGAUACAGACCAAUGGAAAAAUGAGAACUACAUCAAUGAGAGCACAGAAAUUCAGAGUGAACAGAAAGAGCAAAAGUCAAGUGAGCUCACAAAAGAAGUCCCAGGUUAUGGCUAUAACAACAAACUCAUCUUGGCAAUAUCUGUGACUAUCGUAGUAAUGAUUUUGAUUGUAAUCUUCUGUCUCAUUGAGAUUUAUUCUCAUAGAACAGCAUCAGAGAGAGAAGAUAAGGAAGGAAGAUCAAGGGGCUUCUUUGGAUUUCUGCUGCAAAGGAGAUGUUUGUCGGAAACUGAGACACAGGAGGGCUUUUUCUGGAGAAGGCGGCCACUCUGGCUUAGGGACAUGUACAGACCCCUUAAUGCCACACGCAAGAAAAACAUGGCACAGAAGCUACAUGACAAGGACUCUUCUGACGAGGAUGAGAUCUUCAAAAAGGAUGCGGGGGAGAUCCGUGACACUCCAACAGAGAAAACUGAAGAAUCUACCGAAGAGGCGGGUGAGGAGAGUGAGGCAGCUCAGGAGACCGCCACAGAGUGA